AUGGUGGAGCACGGAAGCGUGCUGCGGAUGUACGAUGUGCUCACCGCGGGUCGCGCCGCUGUGCAGCGAGAGCCAGGCUCGCCCGGCGAAGGCGCCCGCGGUGGCGGCCGGCGGCCGGCAACAGGCCCGCUCGGGCAGGAGGCGCAACGUGCGCUACACGCCGUCGAGGCGGAUCGCUCGAUGCUCAACGCGAAGCACGGACUCGGCGGCCUCAUGCCGCUCUGCGCCGAUCGUCUCCGCAUGGCGCUCGUCACGCCCGCCCUCGAGGCGCUCUUGCUGCGCGCCGUCGCCACCUCCGCCGCGUCGCAGCCACUGGUGGCGGUCACGUGCGAGCGUCUCCACCCGCCCCCGGUGGACGGCGCCCCGCACACGGUGCUACUGCUGCAGCGCGCCACCUUCGAAAAGACGCGCCUCGGCGAAGGUAUCCUGCCUCUCUCUGCCGACCUCCUCCUCCUCUCGCCUUGGUGCGAGCACGACGGCCGCCUGCUCGGCCACCAUUGCCAGGCUGUCGAGCCCGGCGCCGCGGAGAAAGCCCUCGCUGGCAGCGAAGGCGGCGGGGGCGCUGCUUGCUUUGGCGGGGGGCCGUGA